AAAGCAUCCAGGCCAAUUUGGAAUGAAAUAAUACUUCCUUUCAGAGUCGGAACUGUAUCUAGUUGAAGGUGAAGGAGGAGUACGUAGUAGAGGCCACGUUUUCUUUUCUUCGAGACAUGAAAUGAACGAUAUCAAGCUGCUGUGCCUGCGAGUACACACCUGACCUGACCUGACCUGACCUGAUCUGACCUCACCACCAUUUCUGCUGAUCCAUCUUCUCAUCUGCCGAACGAAUCCACCCGCCAAACCUUCCUUGUUUGCUUGCUCUGCAGCUACAUCUACGGCCUACCUGGAGGAGCACAAGCAGCCUUGCUUGCUCUGCUCUGCUCCAAUCCAAAUCUCCCAACUCCAUCCAUCCAAUAGCGCAGCUCUGCUUGUGGCGUGCGCACCACCACUUGUGUAGAAGGAGCCGAGGCGAAUCGAAUCUUUCUUUUCUGGCACCGGCACCAGCUUUAUUAGUACAGGAAACAACAUUUGCUUGCCUUCCUCCCCCUCCGUUCAUCCUCUGCAUCUCCAUCAUCAUCUUCUUCUUCACCGGCCAGUCGGUCAGUCAGAGAUAGGAGGAGGACCCGGCCGAUUGUCAAUUUCCUAGCUACGUCUUGUUCAAUUCCUUAUUAAGCUAGCUAGCUCUUCUCUCUCUCUCUCUCUUCCUUCCUUCCUUGCCGUCGGUGCUUGCCUUGCCUAUGUGAUUGUUUCCUUAAUUCCUUCUCCCCCCAAUCCGUGGCCGAUUGGCCGUCGCCAUGGCCGGAGCUCCUGAAUCCCAUUCCAUUCCGUAGCUGCUUGUUGAGGACCCAACCCAACCUAUCCUACCUGCCGUCUCCUCUUGAGCAGAUCAAGAGCACAAGAGCUAGCAGAUGGAGGCCAGGCUCCUCCGCGUGCUCUGCAUGUGCAGCGCCCUGGCAGUCGCCCUGCCGGCGCGCCCGCCCAGCGUCACCAUCGGCGCCCUCUUCACCUUCGACUCCGUCAUCGGCAGCUCGGCCGCCACUGCCAUCCGCCUGGCCGUCGACGACAUCAACCGCGACGCCACCCUGCUCAGGGGCACCAACCUCAGCGUGCUCCUGCAGGACACCAAGUGCAGCGGAUUCGUCGGCACAAUCCAAGCUCUUGAGCUGAUGGAGAAGCAGGUGGUGGCCGUUGUGGGCCCGCAGUCGUCGGGCAUCGCCCACGUCAUCUCCCACGUCGUCAGCCAGCUGCGCGUCCCGCUGGUGUCCUUCGCCGCCACCGACCCCGCGCUCACCUCCGCGCAGUACCCCUUCUUCGUCCGCGCCGCGCACGACGACGCCUUCCAGAUGGCCGCCGUGGCCGACAUCGUCGCCCACUUCGGCUGGCGGGAGGUCACCGCCGUCUACGUCGACACCGACUACGGCCGCGGCGGCGUCGACGCGCUGGGCGACGCGCUCGAGGCCGCGCGCGCCAGGAUCACCUACAAGGCCGCGUUCCCGCCGGGCGCCGACCGCGCCGCGCUGGGCGACCUCCUGGUGCGCGCCAACAUGAUGGAGUCCCGCGUCUUCGUCGUCCACGCCGGCCCAGACUCCGGCCUCGACAUCUUCGCCCUCGCGCACACGCUCAACAUGAUGGACAGCGGCUACGUCUGGAUCGCCACCGAGUGGCUCGCCGCCGCCAUCGACUCCUCGUCGUCGCCGUCGUGGAGAGCGAUUACAAUGGGCCGGAUACAGGGCGUGCUCACGCUGCGCCAGUACACCCCGGACUCCGACGCCAAGAGGUCUCUGGAGACGAGGUUCAGCGCCGCCAGCCGGCAGAGCAGCAGCAUCAACGUCUACGGGCUCUUCGCCUACGACGCCGUCUGGAUGGCGGCGCGCGCCAUCGACCAGUUCCUCGGCGACGGCGGCAACAUCUCCUUCUCCGUUGACCCCAGCAUCCGCGACGCCAACGGGAGCGCGCUGCGCCUGAGCUCGCUCCGGGUCUUGGACCAGGGCGAGCAGCUGCUGCGGAAGGUCAUACUCGCCAACUUCACCGGCGUCACCGGCCAGGUGCGGUUCGACGGCAGGACCCUCGUCAACCCGGCCUACGAGGUCCUCAACGUCGGCGGCACGGGCGUGCGGCGGGUCGGAUACUGGUCCAACCACACGCGCCUGUCAGUGUCCGCGCCCAGCUGGACCGACGGCGGCGGCCGGGCACCCAACCGCACCCAGCAGCAGCAGCUGUACAGCGUGAUCUGGCCCGGGGACACGACGGCGCCGCCGCGCGGGUGGGUGUUCCCGAACAACGGCAGGCCGCUGCGGAUCGGCGUGCCGUACCGGACGACGUACAAGCAGUUCGUGUCCAAGGACUCGGGGCCGGACGGCGCCAGCGGGUACUGCAUCGACGUGUUCAAGGCGGCCGUGGCGCUGCUCCCCUACCCGGUGCCCGUGUCCUUCGUCCUGUUUGGCGACGGCGUGAAGAACCCGAGCUACGGCGAGCUGGUGCAGCGGGUGGCCGACGGCUCCAUGGACGCGGCGGUGGGCGACAUCUCGAUCGUGACGAACCGGACGCGCGUGGUGGACUUCACGCAGCCGUACGUGGAGUCCGGGCUGGUGAUCGUGUCGCCGGUGAAGGCGACGAGCUCCAACGAGUGGGCGUUCCUCAAACCCUUCACGCCGGGGAUGUGGGCAGUGACCGGCGCCUUCUUCCUCUUCGUGGGCGCGGUGGUGUGGAUCCUGGAGCACCGGUUCAACCCGGAGUUCCGGGGGUCGCCGCGGAAGCAGAUGGUCACCAUCUUCUGGUUCAGCUUCUCCACCAUGUUCUUCGCGCACAGAGAGAACACCGUGAGCACCCUUGGGCGUUUCGUCCUCAUCAUCUGGCUCUUCGUUGUCCUCAUCAUCAACUCCAGCUACACCGCCAGCCUCACCUCCAUCCUGACAGUGCAGCAGCUGUCCACGGGCAUCCAGGGCCUGGACAGCCUCCUCUCCAGCAGCGACCCCAUCGGCUACCAGGUGGGCUCCUUCGCCCGCAGCUACAUGAUGGACGAGCUCGGCGUGCCGGUGUCGCGCCUCCGCGAGCUCUCCAUCGACGAGUACGCCGACAGCCUGCAGCGCGGCCCCGGCAACGGCGGCGUGGCGGCCAUCGUCGACGAGCUGCCCUACGUCGAGCUCUUCCUCUCCACCAACUGCCAGUUCAGGACGGUGGGGCAGGAGUUCACCAAGAGCGGAUGGGGAUUCGCAUUCCAGCGUGACUCUCCCCUUGCGGUGGACCUGUCGACGGCAAUCCUGACCCUGUCGGAGAACGGCGACCUGCAGCGCAUCCACGACAAGUGGCUCAGCCCGGGGACGUGCUCGUCGCAGAGCACCGACGUGGGCGCCGACCGGCUCAACCUCAGCAGCUUCUGGGGGCUCUUCCUCAUCUCCGGCGUGGCCUGCUUCGUCGCCCUGCUCAUCUACUUCGCCAGGAUACUCUGCCAGUUCUGUGAGUACCAUGACGGCGGCCGCGGCGGUAGCGACGAAGGCGGAGGGGUGUUCCCGGAUCCGGAGAGGAGCCUGCGGCGGCCGGCGAGGCUGAGCAGCCUCCGGGACCUGAUGUCGUUCGUGGACAUGAAGGAAGCGGAGGUGAAGAGAGCCAUCCGGAGCAGGUCCGGCGAGAGGCGGCUGGACAGGUCCAUGGGAGGCAGCUCCAUCUCCGAAGGGCCUUCAUUGUCGCGGCCGUCGUCGAUCACGUCGCCGGUGUAAUAAGGAGCAAGGGCUUUUCUUUAAUUUGCUGAUGAUGACAAGUAGAUAGAUGAGAUACUCCUCUGAUAGCGGUCUGACUGACACUUAGGCAUUCAUGCAGUAGCAGAUGGAGCUACCUGAGCUCAAGAUAGAUAGAUAGAUAGAUUACUUACUAGGCGUAGAUGUAGAUGAAAUACUAGAUAGGUUACUUACUUGAGUGCAUAGGACUAGGAGAUGAAAGGAUCUCGAUAGAUAUGAUGGAUCAUAUAUUGUCGCCCA